AAAGCUCCACCAUGUUGCAGAAAGGGGUGACAUUUUACGCUCUUCUCCAGUGCUUGGUAGGAUAUGGGGUUUCAGCAGUCCCUACAGCUGCGAACCUCAAUGGUCACAACGUUUGGGCGAGAUCUGCUGCCUCUUCCUCCGCCGAGCCAGAUCCGUCCAUGGCCGUCAGUGUUCAGUUAGCUGGAAAGGCAUUUGUGAAUAAGGGCUUAGUGGCCUUCGGUCUCAUUCCCUCUAAUUUUACCGAUUCCACUGGGAAUACCAUGGGUGGCAUCGGUAGUGCCAUUGGGGUGAAGCCAGGAUCGUUUACGCCCAAUGGAGACGGCACCUUCUCCGGUACAUUCAUCGUGCAACCAGACCGUGGUUUCAAUGUGGACGGUACCGUCGACUAUCAAGCCCGUCAACAUGUGAUAGAUUUUGUAUUGUCACCGUAUUACGGGACAGACGAUCUAUCCUUCACAGCUGCGCAGCAGACGCUCAAGCUCGAUUACAAGAGCACUCUGCUGUACUACGAGAGGAAUGACACGAAGACUACGGGGCUGGAUUCUUUGGCCAUCCGACCGCAGCAGGACGGGUAUCCGCAGAAUUCCUUAGCGGAUCCUCCGAUGCCAAUCCCCAAUAUAACCUAUAACCAUCUAUGCACAGACGCCGAAGGCCUAGCAUUGAACGCGGACGGGACAUGGUGGACGAGCGAUGAGUACGGACCGUACAUCUAUCGAUACUCAGCCACAGGUAACCUUAUACAAACGAUCGCACCACCACCUGCCAUUUUACCCAUGAUCGACGGCGUCCUCAAUUUCACGUCUGUGACUGACCCUACAACCGGACGUGCGGGCAACCAAGGGUUCGAAGGCCUUUCCUUAGAUCCCAGUGGUCAGAUAUUAUACGCUCUUUUGCAGUCUGCGACCAUUCAGGAUGGGGGGUCAAGCAAGACUACGUCUCGGUACACUAGGUUAUUGGCGUACGACAUCUCCAGUGACACCCCGACCCUGACGGGAGAAUGGGUAGUGCCCUUGCCCAUCACCUCUAAGAAGGGCAACACACUUGCUGCCAGCGAAAUGCAUUCUCUCGGUAACGGAAUCUUCCUGGUAUUGUCCCGAGACGGCGAUGGCCACGGUGGAAGCGAUAAUCACUCAUCCUACAAGCAGGCAGACCUAGUAGACGUCUCAGGAGCAACCGACAUCCAUGGGACUGAGUUUGACAGUCCAUCGAACCCGAUCGCUGUAAACGGCGUCCUGGACAGCAGUAUCACGGCUGCCACAUACGAAUCCUUUGUCAACUACAUCAAUGACACGCAGUUGGCGCGAUUCGGACUUCACAAUGGUUCUCCUGCCGAUCAGACUCUGAUAGAUGCGAAGUGGGAAUCCCUUGCCUUGGCCCCCGCCAAUGAUCCCGCCUACCCUGACGAUUACUUUUUAUUUACCGCGUCUGACAACGACUUCAUAACCACGGACGGUAUUUCACUCGGAAUCCCAUACAACGCAGGACUGGACAACGAUAAUCAGUUUUUGGUAUUCCGAGUUACACUGCCU